CCGUAGCCUAUAAAGAACGAAUUUACUAAUACCUUUAUAAUAUUGUAAACAUUAUUGUGAAACAAUUACGAGUAUACCAUUUACUUUUAUGUUAUACACAUUCGUGCGAAAAUUUAAUUUUAGAAAGUAAGAUUUAUGUUUUAUUAAAAGAAAUUACAUUUUCCUAUAUUUAACGUAUCAUAAUGAAAUAUUUGAUUUUCAUGAUCAUAAAUUUACAAGUCACAUAAGUGUUGAAUUACGCGUUUAUUGAUCGCUGUCAGUUACAAUAAUGUAAGAAACUUGCGAAUGCUUCGUUGCCAAAUGUUACUGAACUACCCCAAACACUAUGUAUUUUCCUAUAUUAGAGUACGCUGUUGUGAUUUGUCAAAGAAGCGAUAACCUAACAGCUAUAUUGAAUAUUAGAAAAAAUUUCGCAUAAAAUUUCUCACAUGAAAUUGUAAGAACUAAUCGUUACACGACAAAAAAUUAAUCGUGCUUAUUAGAAUUUUAUAUUUUUAUAUGGUGAAAAUGGCCCAUGCUCCAUUACCGAAACCCAUUUGUAAACCGAUAAAUACGUCUAAGAUGUGUCCAUCUGAUUUCACUACUACUUUAUCUGAUGUGUUACAAUCGGACCCAGUAAAAAGGUUGUUUAAUCAACCAAAUAUUAUUAUUAAAACAAUACCUUUAAAAAUAAAUACAAAUUCUGGAUCAAACAAUAAUGGUUUCAUGAACAAAAUACAAAAUACAGAUACAAAUAUAAAUAAACCAAAGCAAUCAGAAUUAUCUGUAAUUCCUCUACAGAUGAAUCAAGAAGAAAAUAUAGAGGAUAUAAAUUUAUUGCCUGCUAAGAAACAAGGUAAAUCAGAAAUCACGUUAGUUCCUGUUAAAAGGGAAAAGAAACCUUGUGGUCAUUAUGAACCUUGCGAAAAUAUUGUAUGUGAUGUGGCAGUACAACAAUAUGUAGAUCGUGAAGGAUCUUCACCCAUGUUAGCUAUUAAUAUAGAGGAAAGUGAAAUAAAUGCACCUGUUUCGAAACAUUGUGCAAGUAAAAUGUGUGAUGCACUAAGCAUCGAUCAUGAUCGUUGUCGCAGAGCUGUGAUAAGAUUGAAUAGGUGCAAUCAGUCAACAGCUUGUGAUAUUUGUGGUAUUACAUUAAAAACACAAAGAUCUCGUAUAUAUCAUAAGAAUUGUACAAGAAGGAAUGAAUAUAGACAUAAUGAAACAAGUAGUGCUAAAAUAUUAAAAGAAAGAAUGAGACAACGAGAAAUUCAAUUAAUAGAAGCUUCUAAAAUGAAAAAAAAUGAUUAUACAGAUCCAGUUAUGGGAUAUAGCCUUGCGAUGGAAACAUUGAGAAACAACAAAGAAUUGAUUAUUAUUCCAAAAUCAGUUCCCAUAAAACAGCAACAACAACAGCCACAACCACCAUCAACACCAACAAUUACUAUAAAUACAACGCAAUCUUCUUUACAAAUCAAUAAUGUAAAUAACGUUUUUGGAAAAUUUUUACCUAGUAUGCCAAUUGUAUUACCACAACAAAGUAUAGUUCUUGGCAAAGCAGAAUCUUCUAAUGAAAAUAAUAUAACUACUCCCAUACAAAUAGCUUUACCAGAUACUUUAACUACAUCGCUUAUAACAACAACUAGUACAGUUCCUUUAUCUCAAAAUCAUUAUGUUACAUUUACAACACAAACUAAUACACAUUCAAUACCAAUAAGUGAUAUAAUCUUGCCACAGUCGCAAAUUGUGACAACACCCAUUCAACCUAAACCACUGUUAACACCUAUACGCGUUGUGCCUAUAACUAAUUUAAUAACACAACCAUCUCUAUUACACCAAACACAGGGUAUACCAAAGUUUUGUAUUAUGCCAGACAAUACAAUACCAUCAUUAACUAUAACAAAUCCACAAUCUAUUCAAUGUCCAGCACCUGUGCCAAAGGUUGAGCCUCCAAAUGAUGUGAAAACAACUUCUCAGAAAAAAAAAAAAACAAUGAUGAAAAAAAAACGAAAACUUAGAAAGAAAGAUUUUAAAUGUGAUUAUUGUCUUAAAAAUUUCAGUACAGAUUGGUAUUUUAAAAUGCAUGUUGCUAUGCAUACAGGUGAAAAACGAUUUAUCUGUAAAAUAUGUACACAAACAUUUAAUAAUCGAUAUGACAUGAAAAGACAUAUGUCAAAUGUUCAUCACAGUGAAACUACUACUUCUGAUACAUGUACUCAGGAAACUUCUGAAGAUUCACAGCCAAAAAUGAACAAUGUAGAUUCACAUCAAGAAGUAAAAAAAGAGGAUAAAACAAAUGGAUAUAUUAGCAUGCCUACUCAAGACAUUAUCAAAAAUAUGAAAACAGAAUUGUGUCAUGAAGUAUAAAUCAUUCCAAUUUAAAUAAUUCACUAAAAUUGAUAAAACAAAUAAUAUUUAAAAUUGAAAAAAAUAUGUCUGUUAUAAAUAUUGAAGUUCACUUGUAAAAAUAUGUGUAAAAUGUGCUUAAACACUACAUUUAAUCAAAUAUUGAUUUUUUGGUAACAAAUUUUAUAUUUAAUUACGAAAGUUC